UGAGUGUGUGUGUGCGCGCGUGGCCUUCCGGCAGCUGUCCCGGCCCCCACCCCACUCCACCCCAUCGCACCCGGCCCGGAGCGCCGCCCCCACCCCUCGCUGUGCUGGGUGCGCCGCGGGCCUCUGCGUUCCUGGCCGGCUCCCCCCGCGCCUAGAAGGCGACCCCCGUGCGCCCCGGGUUCAAAGGCCCAGCGCGGCAGCUCCAGCCCCUCCGGGGGGCGGGGAGCCGAGGGGGGUGGUGCGGGAGCCAGAAAAGCCCGAGCCCACAGCCGGCCAGCCCUGCGCAGAGAUGGGCAGCGCGCUCUGAAGUUUGUGAUCGUCGCAGCCAACUCCUGGCCGGAGCCCGGGACGCAGCGAGCCAGCGGCCGGCCUCGAACCCCCACAGCUGGAGGCGAGGCCCGCUUGUCCGGCCCGAGCGCCCUUUCGCGGCCACAGGCACCCAUCCUCCUGGCCCGGUGCUGCCGCGCCUGAUCGGGGUUCAUGGAGCUGGGGCUGUGGUUCCUUUUUGGGCUCACAGUGGCCUCCGCCGCAGGAUUGGUGCCUCGCCCCCAGCCUGGGGAUGCUGGCAGGAGCGGCGCAUCCCGGGGUCCCCUAGCAGCCAGAUCUGAGGGGGACAGCGAGGAGACUGCGGCCACGACGGCAGCGCAGGGUCCAAGUCCCAGAAGCCCCGGGCAGGAGCAGGGACCAGGUUGGUUUGGGGAACAGGCGGUCCAGGGGGACCCUGUGCCCCGCCGAGCCAGGCGCUGCACUUGCUUCACCUACAAAGACAAGGAGUGUGUCUACUAUUGCCACCUGGACAUCAUCUGGAUCAACACCCCUGAACAGACUGUGCCCUAUGGACUGUCCAACUACAGGAGCAGGAGGUCCGCUGGGCCGUUCCUGCAGAGCCCACAGCCUUCGAAGUGGACGGUACGCUGCGCUUGUGUGGAGAGCGACGACAGGGCCUGUGCACGCUUCUGUACCCAAACCCUAGCUGUCGGCAGGAAUUCAACGGCAGCAGAAAAACCUGACAAAGAAGAAGUGCAGGCCAGCAGGGCCGACGGAGACCUGCGUCCGAGGAGAUAGGUUGAAGUCAAGGACAGACACAGCCAGUAGGCUCUAGACCACCCAGUGCUUGCCCCCGGCAGUGGACCUCCCAGCCCUCGCCUGCCGGCUCUCCUCACUCUUUCAGAAGCCCCUUGAGAGGACGGGCCUGCAGCCUCCUGUGUUAGAAAGGCCUCAGUUACUGCUGCUACAUGCUUCACAUUUCCACCCCUUGGAGGACAAGGAGUGAGUUUUGCCUGGGGAGAAAACCCACUCAAAAGGUUCUCACUUGACACUACACCCCGACCCCAAGAAUGCCCCAAUCCAAACCACCCCCGUUUCUCUAAUGGGUAAAAUGAUCCCAGAUGUGCCCUGGGGCCUGACACCUCCGACUCCAGUUUCAUGCAGGAAAUUGUUUUUGGAGAAGUAUGGCUCGUUGGGAAGCCACUCGCUGGCUCUCGACUUGACUUCUCCUGGAGAAUAAGUGGACGCCAAGCUAACUCUUUGCAAAUGUAAAAAUGUGCCCAUCUUGUAAUAGAUGCAGCAUGCAGCGGGAGCAUGUGGACAUUCGUGUCCCCACAGAGAGCUGGCACACCGGGUGAGCCAGAGGGGCCGCUGGGCGUCGGCUUGCAGUGCGGAUGGUGGCUGCACAGGAGUUGAUGAGUUUGAAGCUUAUAGGAUUUAGAUAGAAAUUUUCAGCUGUGCUUGGUACCCACCAAAAGAACGUAUCUCGAAAAGGAAAAAAGAAACCUUGAUAUUUGUGACAAGAAAAGAAGAAAGUUAAUAUCCGCGGGUUUUGAGCCCUGGGACACAGCAGAGAGCUUGCUCUCGCUCAGUUGACUGACUUUCUGCGCCUUUUGCAGACAGUCAGGCUAAUGCAUAAUAGGCCUUGUUCCCAGGAAGCCUGGUACAGGCGCCCCAGCUCAAGGCUGUUAGAGUGAAUACUUGCUUUCCUGAGUAAAUAUGGAUCUUUGGGGAAUGGCUUCAAAAUAAGCCACGAACACAAACUCUUUGUAAAUUAUGUAAAUUCCUAUUUAUCUGUAUAAUUGGCAGCAACUGUGAACUGUAAUGCCUGGUAGUUCACAAUCUCCUUUAGCUGCGCUCUUAUAGCCAGGCUGAGAUGACUAUGAGUGUCUGGAACAGGGGAGAGGACACCCGCCUCCCCCGGCACAGAGAGUGUGUGCCGAGGUGGCGGUGUGGAGACAUUGAAGAUGACGAAUGAUAGAGCACUCGCCUUGACCAAAUGUUAAAUUCUCUCUGAGUCUUUCAUAAGUUAUUACAGGUAUACAAAUGCAUAUCUGUCACAGGGAAAUGGAAGGGGCCGAUUUGCUAGCAGGAUUGUGUACAGUUUAGGGAAGCGAUUAUUUAUUGUGAAAGUAAAAGUAAAGCCACUGUAUACAUAUAGAUUUUAAAUUGUGUUCUGAAUCCAAACUCAUAUUCCUUAGAGCUUGAAUUACAUUUUUAAAACGCGUGUGCGCUGUUUGGCUCUGUGGCAACAUGAUAUCUCGGAGAAAAAAUUCAUUCAUUGUGCUAACACUCAGAAAAUACUAACUGUCAAAUGCAUAAUAAAAAAAAUCUAAAAGUU